AUUAAAGUUCAGGUUGCGCUAUUAUUCAUUCUUUGUUUAUUGCUAGUACUCUUUUAUUAUAUUAGUGGUAGACCAGUAACUUAUAGUUUUAUUUUUAUUUUCAGUAUGUUAAUUGUGUUUUUUGUGAUUUCAACGUUAUUAAAUGCAGUCAUUUCAACGAAUUAUUAUGAUUGUCCUCAGCAUCAGUUUACAUGCACAAAUUCAAAAUGUGUAGAUUUUCAACAAAGAUGUGAUGGUUCCGACAAUUGUGGAGAUGGAUCGGAUGAACUGAAUUGCGAUCAUAAAUGUGUUGAACAUUUUUUCAAUUGUCGAAAUGGGAGAUGUAUAAGCGAAGCAUUCCUGUGUGAUGGUGAAAAUGAUUGUAAUAACUUUUUGGAUGAGAGAGACUGUAAGGAUCAAACGAUAACUGUCGCAGCUGAUCAGUGUGGAGAUGGUAAUUGGCAGUGUACCGAUAGAUUGUGUAUUCCAAAUGACUGGGUCUGCAAUGGCGUACCUGAAUGUUUCGAUGGAUCAGAUGAAACUACUGGAUGUAGCAGCAAUACCGUAUGUGAAGAAUUUAAAUGUAAAAAUGGUCAUUGCAUACCAAAUGAAUGGCAUUGCGAUGGUCCCUAACAACACACAACAUUCCAGGAAUGUACUACCAAAGUUCUAUCAAUAUUUGAAUGUCCUGGACAUUUAGGGAACAUUCGGUGAACAUCUGUUUAAAUUAUUCCUGGAAUGUUACCAUAAGACAUUCUGUGAACAUACUACCAAUGUUCCUAUAUUUUAAGUUGCGAAAUAAUACAUACGUGUAAGAGAUACAACAUUACUUAUAACAUACCAGACAAACUAAGUGACAUUUUAGGCCUACAGUGCAAUAAUAUGUCAAAUUUAAAGAGUUUCCCAAGAUUAUAAACAUACAAAUGUAAUAAAAAUUAUUGUUCGCGAAUAUUCAAUUUGGAAUGCGAUUUUGUUAAUAAAAAAAAUACUUAUAACUUAUGCAAAACCCAAGAGAGGCAUUUAUAUUUAUUUCUUUUGCGUUCAUUUUCAAAUUCGCCGUGCAUAUAUUUUUGUGCAUGGCGCUUGAGAGGGCAUCACGUGACUAAAAACGACCAACCAACGACCUCGCUUCGGCCAUCUUGGCAUCUUCAUCUUGGCGACCUUGCCUUGCCGUGGAUUGUUUUUAGUUGUAUGUAUUAUUUGUGCUUUUUAAGAAUAUUUUUUUAAUUCGGAUACUUUUAUAAUAGCUUUAAUAGUAUUAUUAACAUAGUGCAUAAAAUGGUGUCCUGUUUUUAACGCAGUUGGAGUAGCAGAAACAAAUGUAGAUAAAAAAAUCUGCAGGAAUAACGUUUCAAUUAUGACAGAAGCUCAAAACAAAUGACUGUGAAUGAAAAGCCCUAUUAAAAGCUUUCCAGAAGAUCCUGCGAAGAAGACAUGAAGUAUAGAUCAGAUUUGUUAAUAGAGGAGUAUGUUCAAAACACUUUUUAGAAAAAGAUAUUGACAGAACUUCACUUUCAUCUGUUCGUUUGAGAGACUGUGCUGUUCCAAUAGCUUAUGUCACACAGAAUCAGCUGAGAGAAGUGGUCUACAAAAAACCAGAAAGGAAACGGAAUAUGUGGCUACGAAAAGCAAAAGAAAGGUUUACAAAGCAAAUGUGACACAUUUUUUUAUAAUAUUUAGGAAUGUCAGCAAAUUACAUUAAAAAAUGUAUGUAAAGAUUUUUUGCAAUAAAAAUGUUUAUAUUUAUCAAGGAUGUAUUAUUUGGUAUGGCCAUAUAUCGUCAGUGAUGUGACAGUACCUCCUAUCUGUUUUUUUCAAGAGAUUUGUAAGAUAGACUAAAAACUUGUUUCGGCCACCUCCUGUUUUCAUAUAUUUUUUGACUUGUUUUGCAGUAAAUUCAACUAUCUAUUUACUACA